GAAACGGAGCGCUUAGGCUGUACGGAAUUGUGCCGGUGGACUAGAAACUCCCGCCAUUUCGACAGGGAAUUAACCUCUUGUUUGAUUUAAGUUACUUUAUCGAAAUACUUGCGGGCGCUGUUGUCUGUUUACACUUAACUUCAAUUGCACAGACAUUGAACUGCAAGAGUUCAAGCGAGAACAGAUCUGAAUUGCAAAGACUUGUUGGGAUUAUGCAGUGCCAGACAUUGCUGGACUGAGCUUUGGCUGUUACUUCGAGUUUGAUUUCGGUCUGGUUCGCAUCCUUUCAUGUUCAUCAGAGGGAGGUAAAAGUUUACCAACUAUCCCAGGAUACAACUCCGGUAACAUAUUUUACAUCUUAAGACACUGCGUAGAACCAUUAUGACACCGCAGCUAGAGAAGUACACAAUGAUGAGAUGAGGCCGGCGGCAAGAAACGCAGUGUUAUUGUUUUGCAACGAGAUAGCAAUCCAACCUGCUAGCUAAUCAGCUAGCUACUGCACGUUGAGUGCCGGGCCUGCCGGUGGUAACGUGAGACGUGCUAUCAAUCGGCAGCAGUAUAACGGCCACUUGGAUACAUGCUAAGGACAUACCAUUGUGUUUUAUUGUACUAGUUUGUUGCUAGAACGUCAGAUUUCACCUCUGGCACUCGUGCCACCUCUGAAUUCGAUAUGGCACCGCUAUUGGGCCGGAAACCGUACCCACUGGCUAAGCCGUUAGCCGAGCCACCAGGCCCGGGAGAGGAGAUCUACAUCAUCGAGCACACCAAGGAGGCCUUCAGGAACAAAGAAGAGUAUGAGGCCCGCUUGCAGAGGUAUGGCGAGCGCAUCUGGACAUGCAAGAGCACCGGGAGCCUACAGCUCACACACAAAGAAGCAUGGGAGGAGGAACAAGAAGUCACAGAACUUCUCCAGGAAGAGUAUCCUCAGUGGUUUGAGAAGCCAGUCCUGGAGAUGGUCCAUCACAACACAGUGUCUUUAGACAAACUGGUUGAAAUGGCCUGGAUGGAAAUUCUCACUAAGUAUGCUGUUGGUGAAGAGUGUGACUUCCUGGUUGGAAAAGACAAAAGUUUGCGAGUGAACGUGGUAAAGAUACAUCCCUUGGAAAACCCUGAAGGAGAGUCGGGGGAGAAGAAACUUGAAGGGGCUUGUGACUCCCCAUCCAGUGACAAGGAGAAUGCCAGCCAGGAGAACCAGAGAAAAGAGCCUCCCCCCCGAGAGGAGGAGAACAAGAGGGAGAGUCUGAGUGAUAGAGCUCGACGUUCUCCGAGGAAACUCAGCUCUGCCAUGAAAGAAGAGAAGAAAAAAUGGGUGAUGCCGAAAUUCCUUCCUCAUAAAUACGAUGUGAAGCUCAUCAAUGAGGAUAAGGUGAUUUGUGAUGUCCCUGCAGACAAUCUUUUUAGAACAGAGCGCCCUCCUACCAAGGAGAUCGUGCGCUACUUUAUCAGGCACAAUGCUCUGAGACUGGGAAAGGGAGAAAGCGCUCCUUGGGUAGUUGAAGAUGAGUUGGUGAAGAAAUUUAACCUGCCCAGCAAGUUUAGUGACUUUCUUCUUGACCCACAUAAGUUUUUGGCAGAAAAACCCUCAACAAAGCGUAAGAGCUUGGCAUCCCCUGAUGGUAAACAAAUCAAGAAGCUUAAGGCAUCUGAAACUCCUGGAGAGGAUUCAGGAAGUGAGAAAGCAGAAAAGAAGAAAAAAAAGAAAGGUUCUCUGCCCAUGUCCCUUAGUCCCACCAUCUGGGGCCACAUGCAGAAAAUGAAAAUGAAUGGGUCUCCACUCAAGAUGAAGAACUCUGGAACUCCAAAAAAAGGAGAAGGGAAAAGCUCAGCUCCCUCAACUCCAAAAUCUGGCAAAAAAGCAGGGGACAAAAAAGAAGGAAAGAAAAGUGGAAAGGGUGGUGACAAGAAGCUCAAUGUCCUCAAAGCCUCUAAGAAAGAUGGCAAAACUGGUGCAAAGACACCAAAGAUGAAGCAGAUGACUCUGCUACACCUGGCUAAAGGCACCCCUGCAGGAAGUCCCAAGAAGAGACCCCGUAGUACUGGCAUGGGCACACCUAAACUUGGAAAGCCGCUGCACCCUAUGGCUCUCCACCUCCUUCGUUACUAUAAAGAAAACAAGGGCAAAGAGGAUAAAAAGAACUCCCUUUCCUCUCUUAUCUCCAAAGCUGCAAAAACCUUGCCUCCAGAUGAUCGUGGCCGUCUGCCAGAGGAGCUCAGGGAGCUUGUACAGAAACGCUGGGAGCUUCUGGAGCAGAAGAAGCGAUGGGCAGCCAUGACCGAAGAGGAAAAGAAGGAGGAGAUGAAGAAGAAACGCCAGGAACUCAAAGAGAAGCUUAGAGAAAGAGCAAAGGAGAGACGUGAGAAAGAGAUGCUGGUCCGCCGUGAGCAAUCUCGCAGAUAUGAGGACCAAGAGAUCGAAGUUGGCAAAGCCUUGCCGACGUUCAAGCUUCUAGACAUGCCUGAAGGAUUGCCCAACACCUUGUUUGGUAGUGUAGCAAUGGUUGUGGACUUCCUUCACUGCUACGCAGGGCUGCUGAUGCCAGAUGACCAAUAUCCCAUCACAGCAGUGGCUCUGAUGGAAGCCCUAGCAGGGGAUCGGUCGGGCUUUCUCUAUCUGAACCGUGUGUUGGUGGUGCUACUUCAGACGCUGCUGCAGGAUGAGCUGGCUGAAGGCUACAGCGAGCUCGACAUGCCCUUGUCUGAGAUUCCUCUCACGAUGCACUCCGCGUCAGAGCUGGCACGGUUGUGCUUAAGACCAUGUGACGCUCAUGGUGAGGAGAGCGGCCAGGGAUCAGAGGACUUGGGGGCCGUGGGUGGCUUUGACGAUGUGGUGACCAGCGAGUUCCUGGACAAGCUUGAAACAUCUGAGGUGUUUGAGCUCAGCCCUGAAGACAAGGUCAACCUGUUGGUGGCUCUGUGCCACCGCAUCCUUAUGACUUACUCAGUAGAAGACCAUGUUGAUGCAAUGCAGCAGCGGUCCGCCGAGCUGUGGAAGGAGCGUCUGGCUAUGCUGAAAGAGGUCAAUGACCGCAAGAAGGCUGAGAGGAUAAAGAGAAAGGAGAUGGAGAGCAAAGGUGAAAAGAAAAAAGAGGGGGGCACUAAGAAGGAGAGCAAGAAAGAGGUAAAGGUGGAGCCAGAACCAGAACCAGAACCUGAGGACAUGAUCAGCUCAGUGAAGAGUCGGCGCCUCAUGGCCAUGCAAGCCAAGAAGGAGAAGGAGGAGUUGGACAGACAGAACAAAGAGCGGAUGGAGAAGGAAGCAGAGGAGGAGCGGAUGCGCAAACAGAGAGCCGCUGCAGAGAGAGCCUUUCAGGAUGGAAUAACCAAAGCCAGACUUGUGAUGCGCAGGACUCCCCUUGGUACAGACAGAAAUCAUAACAGAUACUGGCUUUUCUCUGACGUGGUUCCUGGUCUGUACAUUGAGAAAGGCUGGGUCCAUGAAAGCAUCGACUACAGCUUCACUCCUCCAUCUGAGGAGAAACCAGAGGAGAAACCAGCAGAGCCUGAGGUGGAGGAAGAGGAGGAUAGUGAGGCAGUUCUUGCACCUGAUUCCCAAGAAGCUGAAAAGGAUGAUGGCAGUAUAGAUGGUGCUGUUAGUGAAGGAGUCCAGCAGGGGGCAGCACCAGAUCUCUGUAUUGAAACUACUAUUCCCAAACAGGGACAGAACCUUUGGUUCAUUGUUGAUACCACAACUGAACUGGAAGAGCUGGUGGAAAGCCUUCAUCCUCAGGGGGUCAGAGAGAGUGAACUAAAGGCAAAGAUCCAAAGCAGGUACCAGGACAUCGUACACUCCAUCCAUUUGACCCGUAAAGCCAAGCUGGGCCUCAGGACCUGUGAUGGAUACACAGAGUUGCUCAAAUACAUGCGCAGUGACAUUCAGGAAAUAGCUUCAAGACUCCAGAAGGGAGGCCUGGGAUACCUGGAUGACAAUGUAGACAUAGAAGAUCAGUUGCAAGACAUGGAGAGCUUGAAAGACUUUGGUGAGUGCAUCAUCACUCUUCAGGCCUGUGUAAUCAAAAAGUUCCUGCAAGGGUUUAUGGCCCCUAAACAGAAAAAGAAGAAAAAGCAAGGAGGGGAAGAAAGCAGCAAGGCUGAAGAGGUGGAUGAGGAGAAGAGACUGGCAGAAGAAGCCAGGGUAGCGACAGCGGUGGAGAAGUGGAAGACGGCCAUCAGGGAGGCCCAGACCUUUUCCCGUAUGCACGUGCUGCUGGGGAUGUUGGAUGCGUGCAUAAAGUGGGACAUGUCUGCUGAGAAUGCUCGUUGCAAAGUCUGUCGCAGGAAAGUGCUCAGGCAGAAGCUAUCUGUGGUGAAGUUGAUGGAGGCCAGACCCAGACAGGGCAGCAGCAUGAAGCUCAGAGCAGUACAGUACAGUUAUGUCAGGCAGGUCUGCAUACAGGGUCAGCAGCUUCGCAAGCCCACAGGUGAUGAUGAGAAACUUAUCCUCUGUGAUGAGUGCAACAAGGCUUUCCAUCUGUUCUGCCUGCGGCCAGCUCUGUACCGCAUCCCUGCUGGAGAAUGGCUGUGCCCGGCCUGCCAACCCACUAUGGCCAGACGUGGCUCCCGUUCAAGGAACUAUAAACAGGACACAGACGAAGAAGAGAGUGAGGAGGAGUCUGAAGAGGAGGACUCUGAAGAAGAUGAAGAGGAUGAGGAAGAGAAUGACUACAAAGCCAUGGGGCACAGCUUGAGACCAAGAAAAAAAAAUAAGCAGGCUUCGUCACGGCAGAAAACCUCAAAGAGUAAGUCCAAGAAGCCGAGCUCCUCUAGCAGCCAGACCAGCAAACAGAGGACAGGCCCCAGCAGCCCUGCAGACAUUGACGAGUUGGUGCGACUAAGUUCCCAAACAGGAGUGCGCAAGCAGGUGCUGGAGCUGGAGAGGUGUGAGGACAUCCUCAAGAAACUGAUGAAGUUUCGCUACAGCUGGCCUUUCAGGGAGCCGGUUUCCCCAGAUGAGGCAGAGGACUACCUGGACAUCAUCUCCCAACCCAUGGACUUCCAAACAAUGCUGGGCAAGUUCAGCCAGGGCUCGUACCGCCACGCCCAGGAUUUCCUGGAAGACAUGAAGCUGGUGUUUGCCAAUGCAGAGGAGUACAACCGGCAGGGCAGCACGGUGCUCUCCUGUAUGGUCAAGACGGAGCAGGCGUUUACAGAGCUGCUGCAGAAGCUGCUGCCUGGCCUCAGCUACCUCCGUCGGCGCUCUCGCAAACGCUUGAACCUACGGCAAGCUACUUCUUCUUCUGAAGAGGAGGAGGAAGAUGAAGAACAAGACGAGGAGCCGAAAAAGAAGAUGCAGAACGGCAAAUCAAACGGGAAGAAAGCCAGAAGUAGCAGGAGACAGAAAAAUGAGGAGAGUGAAAGCGAGGAGGAGCAGGAUGAGGAGGAGGAGGAGGAAGAUGAGGACAACGGUAGGAGGAGAAGUAAGAGGACCUCUGCCACCUCUGGCAAGAAGGAUUACAGGGAGCAGGAUAGCGAUGAUGAGCGGGAUACACGAAGAACUCGUCCACGGGGGGGUCGGGGCGAGGCUGGGGGGGCGAGCAGCGAUGAGGAUCGGUCCAGCCAGCAGCGACAUUCCAAGAGACAGAAACGCUCAUGAAAUCCAGGGUGCUGCUUUGUUUUCUCAUCCCUGUUUGCUUUUAAAAAAAAAAUUAAAAAAAUAAAUAAAUAAAAAUCUGUCCCCGCUUCUCUGAAAAGCAACCACUAGCUCUCCUCCUCCUCCUCCCACAACCAGCAGGACUUAAUCCUCAGAAAAAAAAAACUCUUUUUGUGUUGAUGAGUUUGUUCAUAUUUUGAAAACAGAAAAAAAACAAUUUAUAUUUGUAACAUGUUAAAAAUUGGUAUUUUUUUCCAAUCAAGAAUGAUGAGAAAUUUUGGACAAUGUCGUGGUCUUCAUAGCUCUUAAGACUUUUUGCUUUAAAUUUCAGUUUCACGUUGACAACCUCAUGCAGAAAUGUAGGAAUAUACUGUAGAUUUCACUGUGGGCCACUUAGAUUUCCUGUCUGCAGACAUCAGUGCAGGUGAUUCAGAGGUUUUGUCAUAGUCAGCUGCCACAUUUUUUAGGAUUAGUAAAUCUAGCUGCCAGAUGUUUGUCCCACACACAUCUGUUACAUGUUUUUACUCACUACACGAGAGGGUGCCUAUGUACCUGAAUACCCCCUCCCCUCCCCCCAAACCCAGGAUCAAAGUCAUGGUCAAUAGCUGGGAUGAGACUUCAGAUCAGACUGGUAGUCUGUCCUCUAAAAAAAACAAACCAAAAAAUAAAUAAAAACAAACAACAAAAAAAAGUGCUUCAGCUCAGUUCUUGGUGCCAGGAAAUUUUCAGGAACCUGACUUGGAGUCUAAAUUUUGGCCCAUUGAGCUGUGCAGCCUCUCCUCCGUAGUGCCCUGCCACUUUAAAACACUCGGUACCUCAACUGAUCCAUCAGUUUGCACUCCUUUGUAAAGUGUGUACCUAUAAUGCCAGCAGCUGCAGGACCAUACUUUUAAGAUUAUGUGCAUAAACAUUUGUAAACAGUAUUUAAAACAACCAAUGUGAUGUUUGUUAAAAAAAAAAUGGGCAUUUUUAAAUAUUUGAAUUUUUUUUUUUUUUUUUUGCACCUUUUUUCUUUGGUAAUGUAAAUGAAAACUUGUUCUUGGAUCUUUUAGGAACAUCCAGUAAAUUACAAGGUUGAACCAGGGCUCCCCUCCCUCCCUCAGUCAGAACAGAGAACAUGUUAUUUUACACUUCAUACUCAGCAGAAAAGUGUCAUUUGUACAUUUUGUGAGCAACAUGGUAUUUCUGUUCUUAAGUUUGAUAUUAGUGAUGCAAACAUGGGUUAAGCAGCUUCUCAUGAGAGAUUUGAAGGUUUUCCAGGACAUGUCCCAGUUCAGUCAUUUGGUGGCGCCCUAUUCUUGCACUUUGAAUAUUCUUGCCCAAACAUUUUCAAACGGAUUCAGUCUCAGUGCUGCUGCUGCUGGACUCUGACUCACUGCUUUGUACUCGGACACAUCACAGCAUCACAGUGCUGGUGUCGUUUCUUAAAAUGUUUUGUGUGAAAUUCUACACUCACUUUCAUAUUGAACACAAGAUUCACAAAAAAAUUGAAUCUCAAGGUGACGAAGUUAUAUUUUGUUGAGGUUGCCAGCAUUGUGUGUGUGUGUGUAUAUACAUAUAUAUAUAUAAAUGUAUGUAUAUUUGUGUAUACUGAUAAGGCAGUUGUUGGUUUGCCCUCUUCUGUCUGUACUGUGCUGUUUACCUAUGUUUUGCUAGUGCUGUUAUCAACUAUUUCCCCACCUAUUUUUUUUAAUACCCAGUCCUGUGAUAUUUAGUUUAAAUUAGGCUUUAUUCCUGACAUGAUUAGCCAUUGUUAAAAAUCAUUGUUAUAAUCAUUGGACAUUUCAGCAAACAAGCAAACGUUGACUGCCCUUCUCCAAGUGAGAUUCGACUGUAAAUGCUUUCUUUAUUCUUGGAGGAACUGCAAAAUUCUUUUACACUUCCUUUUUUAUAUAUAUAUAUUUAUAGUCUAAAGCUGGGUUUGGGCAGGAACGGAGGAUUCACAUGUAAAGAAUUUCCAAUAAAGGCUAUGGAUAAAGACCCGAGCUCUCCCUGAUUUAUUUGUGCCAAGUUGAUCUGACAGAAAUCACUGCCAUCUAUAAAGCUUGAGAUGAUUUAAAAAAAAAAAAAAGGGAGCAAAAUGGGCUAGCCUUGAUGACUGACUGAUGUCUAUGCUUUUUAAUAAAAAAACAGUUGGGCCUGUC